AUGGAAGUGGAAGAUUUUACUAUUCACAACUUUAGAUCUCUAGGAAUUCCUCCUACUUCUGAUUCAGUUUAUCCUUCUGAGUCUCCGGCGAAGAAAAAUAGGAAAGCAUCCAAGAAGACGUUUGCUGAGAGUUCUUAUAAUAAAUCAAAGUCUUAUAAAUCAAUCAAGAGAUCUUCUGAUGGUGUUGAUGGUUCUAGGCCUUCUAAGGUAGCUAGAACAUCUGACUCUUCAAGGAAGUCAAAAGGAAGUGUUACUGCUACAGGAUUAACCUUUGCUGCAGAUUCUAGUAAGUGUGUUACUUCUAAGAAUCUCAUUCUCGAUGUUAUUGAUGAUUCAUCUAUUCAUCCAUCCACUCAAACUUCUCUUCCACCCAUACAACCAUCUGUUUCCACAUUUUGA